AGAAGGAUUUAGAGAAGACGAUGAUACUUCCUCAAUGUAUCAAGUGUCAACAGCUGGCGGAAGCAAUGUAUCACAAGGGCGUUGUAACAAUUCACUCAUGGUAGAACGUCCAUGUGAAAUUCUUUUUCUAGAUUGUUAUAGUCGUGCGUAUGAUUUUGUCUCUAUGACUCUUUUCUUAUGGCUACUUGGAACUUAUUCUGAAGAAGCAAAGAAUGAAUCUCAGUUCAACCCAUGGGGAGUCACAAUUGGUAGAAUUGUAUUUGAGGUCGAACACUGUAGAGUUAGGAUGAAAUUAAAAGGAUCAACAUAG